AUGUCAACUUUCCAACCCCACACCCCAAGCUCUAGUCCUAAACGUAAACUAAGGCCAGAAUCACCGCAUAGAGAUGGAACUUCAACAGUGGGCAAGCUCAACUUCCUACAAAGUGACAAUAUUGACGAGCAUUUCGAACACAUACAUGAUUCUCAUACAGAGAUAUUGAACUACUUACAGCUGCUUGAUGCUUAUACACAAAAAACGCAAAUGGAUCUCGAUCAGUUGUUCGACCGACUGAAGAAUAAUAACCAACACCUCAGCACGCUUUUGAGCAGCAUAGCCGAAUAUUCACGAGAAGUGACAGAAGAAGGAAGUGCAACAAAAACAGAUGUUAGUAGAAUAUUGAAUGUACUCAACGACUUACGAGAUUCGCCAAACCUGGAAGAACUAAUGAAACGUCUCAGUGCAAAACAAGAAGAAAUUUUGAAAGAGUGGAGAUCAUACACCGCCAAAUCAACCACUGAUUUAGGAAAGUCUGUUUCAAUAAACCAACACAACAUACUAAAUAAGUUGCAGUCAAUUGAGACACAAUUGGGUGGUAUAAAAAUCCAAAACACAUUUGGUGAAUUUCGAAGCCGUGUCGAGUCGUUAGCGCAGGAAAACUCAAAAGAAGUGAAUGCUAAACUUACAGAAGUCCUUCAAGCUCUUCAACUGCUCAAUUUGAAAGACAAAUCACAUAAUCCAGAAGUCUCACUGAACGACUUGAAGCAAGCUGAUCUCCAAAAAGAAUACAACGAUCUAUCAAGAAAUUAUUCAGACCUAGAAAAAUCAUACACAGAUCUUGAAUCGAGAUACUCAAAACUAGAAAGUCGCUAUGAUGCCAAAAUCCAACGUUUUCUAGAGCUUCAAUCGGAUUUCCUCAAGCUUGGGGAAGAGUCAAAGAACCUCAAAUCUUCAAUGGCAGACCUUGACGCAUCAAAGUACGAUAAAGUACAUGAACUACAUUCCAGGAGAGUGCGAGACCUACGCAAUGUGACACCUUUACAACGACACAAUCGAAUUGCUAGUAUGCCAUUACAGAAUCAUUUUUUAAAGGAGACCAACAAUUCCGACUUGGAAGAGUAA